AUGUUUUUCCGCGUUUAGGAUUUAGAUCUAAAACAACCAUUCAGUCACUCUGUGAUGUCGUGUAAUAAUUUUGUUGGAUUUUGUGUCUUAUUUAGUGUUGCGAUUGUUACAGGUGAACAUUUCACAGUGAACAAUGUUCGAACAUUCUGGAACGAAACCCCUUGCACACUUAGCGUUCCAAGCCUGGUUCAUGCGGACGAAACUGGCUGGAGUGUUGAGAAAUCAAGCCUGCAAAUAGAUAUCCAUGAUGAAGUCUGGAUCGGAUAUAUCGAGGCAACAUUUGUGUUUCAAUAUUUCGGUUGUGCUGAUGUUCUCCAAAUUGUGUCAGACAAGAUCAUGUUCGUGAAUAAUGCUGGCGAAUGUUAUUUGGCCUGCAGAGGUGCCUUCGGAAUUCAAAAAUCUGAUACACAAAUCCGAUGUUGGUGUGACCACCAAUUAGCUUACCAUGUGAACGAGAAGGCAUGCACCGACACCUGUGGAAAUCCUCAAUUAGUUUGUGGAAAACAACAAAGCAAUUACUUCUCAGUGUAUAUAAGAAAUGCAAAUGAGAUAUCAAUCUUCGGUGAUUCACUUCCAAAUAAUGACCAUUGCCUGGUGCUUACACCGCCACAAAACUUUUCAUGGAAGGGAUGUAAUUAUUUCAACAGGGUGUUGUGCCGUAAUGUUAUAAAUAAAACAUGGACUGCAAUAUCACUGAAGGCCUAUCGCGAUUGGUAUCAAGCCAACAUAGUUUGCUUUGAUCAAGGAUUACCAGCAACACUUGAGAGUAUACAUAAUGCUAACUUCAGCAACGCCGAUAUCCAAGAUCACUGGACAAGCUAUAUACGGGCAUCUUUUGUCGUAAAGGCAAAUAUUCAAGGUUUACGCCAUGAAGCCAACCACAUCCAGUAUGCCUAUAUGUCACCUGAUGGCAGGGUGAAUUUCACAGAAAGCGGUACACGACGCUCUCUUUGCGAAUACGUGUCGACGACACACCGAAAGAGCCAAGGACUUUCAACAUACAUAACCGAACAAACGUCAUCGUCGGAAGAGAUAUAUACAGACCCGCAAUACAUAGAAGAGCAAACAACACGGCAGACAAAUGAAUCACCCACACUUCUCCAAGAUGAGGCGAAUCAAAUGCUGUCCAAAAGCACAUCCGCGGUAACUAUAGGCAUCACUGUGCCGAUUGGAGUCAUUGUUAUUUUGAGUGUAACCAUUGUUCUUAUACUGCUCAAGAGAAGGAGAUUGCUUCCGUGCAUCAAAAACAGAAGUGCCAACAAAGCCUCUGAUAAACUUGAUGAUAAAACAUCUAAUCAAGAGUCAAGUGAUGUCAAUGGUGAGGUUCACAACUUCUUUGUACUAGAGAAAUGUGUAUAUAAAACUACCGAAGCGUUCGAUAAUUCUGAACAUUAUAAUGACGUAUGCGAUACGAAUGAACCGGAAGGAGACCAUACUUUUGUAGCAAAUGAUAAACAAGAACAAUUUGAUGAUGGGAUAAAUGCCCCUGCUAUUUACAACUACACACGUGUUGUUAAGGCGGCUCAACGGGUUACAAGGAGUCCUGACAACAUAUAUAACAAAAUGAGUGUAGAUCACCACACUGACUAUGACCAUUUGGGAACUGUUAGACAAGAUCAGACCGUUGGCAUAGAAACAAGUGACGAAUACAACACAACAGCAGCUGUGUUGGCCGUCACAAAAGGCUUUCGAGGCGACGCAAGUGCCUACAAUCAAGUAAACUUUAACAGAAACAAAUUACAUGCAAGUGGAAAUGACUUGCGUGAUUACGUCAUUACCGAUUAUGAUGUCACACAGCAGGCUGAGUUCAGAUUUGAAACAGAAGAUAUGUCAGGUUAUGCGCACGUGUCCAAAGAUUGCUGAAAUGUAUUGAAUUAUAAUACCAUUGUAUAUUGACUUUUAUAGACAUGGCUGAUAAAAAUCAUUUAAAAAGUAGUGUAAUUAUUUAAGACAAAACCUGUCUUGUAGUAAAGUUAAGUUUAUCUUUGUGUUAUAAAAUAAUAUGUGUGCACGCCCAAUACUUUUGGAUGAGUUGAAUAUUGUUUUAAAAAUUAUAUAUUUGUGUGAUUCUAUUUUUGAAUUAUGAAGCACAAUUAUCCCUUAAAUUUCGAUCAGGAAAAUAUUAAUUGUUCUUUGGUAAGUGGUGAUAUUUAUUUCUUAUAUGUGUUAUGUACAGUGUAUAUUCUACAUCUUUCUUUUAUAAUGUCUAUUGUUGCUCAAUUGAAUGCAACGCCUACGUAAAUGUUCAAGGAGGCAUUCUCGAGUCCGCUGAGGGAAAAUCUUGAGAACAUUCCAAGAGUCGUGAUCAAACUCAUUACCCCCCAAUAGACAGGUGGUCUUCAUAUUUGCUUUUUUGUAGUUGGCACAUUAAAAAUCAAGUAAGCAUA